UAUAUAUGAUUUUGAAAUAUUUUUAACAUUUAAAUGCAAAACAUUUAUGAAUGAACAAGGAACGAUGAUGGAUUUUAGAUACACAUAUUUUGCAAUCGUUGUCCUUCUGACAGUAGAACAAGCAAUGUUACAAACGACAGAUAAAGAGUGGUAUGACCGUUUACUUGGGACAGGAGAAGCAUGCAAAAGUAACACAUGUCGACUUGGUGAUUCAACAUGUGAAUGUUACCUAACAAUAGAUCAUGCUUUAACAAUGAUGUAUAGAGGAGAAGGUCAACCGGCAGUCUUACUCAAACCAGAUAAAGGAAAGGCUGUUAGAUUUGACAAUGGGGAUCAGUUUGAACGAUCACUUGAAGAUAAGUUCAUUCUAGCCGAUGGAUACAAGUCACGGAUUGUUAUUGUUGUCAAUGGAAGAUUCCCUGGACCUACCAUAACAGCUAGGGAAGGCCAAGACGUGAUAGUUCAUGUACGAAAUCUGAUGCAUACAGAUAGCACUACUAUUCACUGGCAUGGGAUGCAUCAAAAGAAAAGCCCUUGGUCAGAUGGUGUUGCUUUUGUUACACAGUGUCCUAUUUUACCUGGCCAAAACUAUACAUACAAAUUCAAUGCAAAGCCAUUCGGGUCUAGUUUUUAUCAUGCUCAUAUAGGGGACCAGAGGACAAUGGGAUUAUACGGUCCACUGAUAAUAAUACCAACACCGGGCCAAAAAGUUUCGUUGCCACAAGAAGGGGACAAGGUUUUUGUAGCUAUUAUACAGGAUUGGAAUCAUGAUGACGAUGAAGAUGCCUUGUACCAAAAAAUGCUUUGGGGUAGUUACGACAGCUCUGGUAAACCGGUUGCCGAAACCAAAGAUCCCUCUGGCGCACGAUAUAGUCGUUUUAAAUGUCAUUCCGGUCUGAUUAAUGGGAGAGGCCGGUUUUACAGUUCGUCGACAGAACACAACGAAGUUCCAUUGACACGCUUUGAAGUGGAGCAAAAUGAAGACUAUCGAUUUAGAGUAAUAAGUGCCGCCACCUUAUAUCCGUUUCGAGUUUUUGUUGAGGGACAUAGACCAAUUUUUAUAGAAGCUUCUGACGGAUUUGAAAUUGAUAAAAAGGAGGUAGAAUCAUUUAUAAUUCAUCCUGGUGAAAGAAUAGAUUUUUUGUUAAAUGCUGACGAGCCCCUUAGUACAUAUUUACUGGUUGCCGAGACAUUGGAAGUAUACUCCGAUAAUGAAUAUCAUGCAGCUGAAGCUAUUAUUCAUUAUAAAAAUGAAGAUAUCAAUCCAAAUCCCCCAAGGGUCACCCCACGUACAUGUGAUAGCCCUGGUAGUACGUGUAGAGUUUUUAACUGUCCAUUUGAACAAUUUUCUAGCCAACAAAACAGAAAGUGCGUCUCCUUUAAUGAUGUGAUUUCAAUCGAUCCGAAUUCAAACCCAAAUGAAGUAAAGUCAAACGAGGUAGUCGAAAUGUUUUUCAAUUUUGCAUUUCCCGGAGAGGACGGUUAUACACCUGGAUCAGUAAAUGGACACCAGUUUCUACCGCCAACAGUUGCUGCAUAUGCUGAACCGAACUUGGUAGACUAUAAUUGUGAUGCUUGUAACGCAUCAACAAUUUGUGAGUGCACAUAUGCCGUAACCAUUGACAACGAUAACAAAGACAGAGUUUAUCAGUUUGUUAUCACAAAUAUAGGUGGAGGUGCCAACUGGUCACAUCCUGUUCAUUUGCAUGGACAUUCGUUUUACGUCCUGAAAAUGGUGUUCGCUACUUACGACAGUGACGGACAACUUAUGCCAAAUGGUGGGCAGGACAACAUCGACAUUGUUUGUCCUGAUAGUAAAAACUUUUGCUCUGACGCAAAAUGGAGAAAUGAAAGUUGGGCAAAUGGAAGACAUCCCGAUUUAAACUGGAACAAUCCGCCUCAGAAAGACACGAUUAUUAUACCCACAGGUGGAUAUGUUAUUAUUCGAUUCAAGGCAGAUAACCCUGGUGUUUGGUUUUUUCACUGCCAUAUUGACCUACAUAACACCAAUGGUAUGGGCAUGAUUAUCAAUGAGUCACCAAAAAGCCAAUUAAACGUACCUGCUAAUUUUCCAAAGUGUAAGAGUUUCGAAAUAAAUGGAAAUAUCAACUCGGCAAUCAAUCCUUGCUGUCACCGUUUUAUGUUUUUUUUCUACAUCACUUUUCAUUUGCUGCGGACUUACCAUAUUAUUUUGUAACGCCAUUCGCCAACUGACUGUUUAUGUGGUAAGCUACAGGUCUUCUUAGCGUCGUUAUACUUGCUUGCACAACUGAACCGUAGUCAACGAAAAGGAUGUUCUUAACUAAGAACAAACCAGGUAUCAGUUUUAUAAAAUUCCGUUAACGAUUUCCUUCCAUAAAAUUUUUCAGAUGAACAAUACGCAAUUGAGUAUUAUAAUUGUCUUAAGUUGUAUCAAGUGGUUCUUUAUAUAUUAACCUGUGCAGCAAAAAGAGGCGGAUGUAGAUCUUAGGGAUUGUUUUUUUUAUCUUUAUUCACGCUAAAUUGGUUUAUCUCUCUUACCUUAGCCUCAUCAGUGCAGAAAUGUAAUACUAGUAUAGAAUAUUCAUUUUUUUUUUCUAAUAUAAAAAUGGCAGUGGAAAGCUUUAGAUAACACAACUGUAAGUUAUGUAAAAUUCAAUAGAUAUUCUCCGAUAUUUCGAAAAUAGAAUAUGGUACAAUUACAAAGGCUAGACUUUGAAAUAAACUACUUACACUUAGACGACAUUUGACUUCAAAACUUGAAAUCAAUAUAAGUACCCUUUUCUAUGAAAGACGACUAUAAUUAUAAGGCUUGUAAUGUAUGCAUUUCGUUAUCAUUUAUUUAGUCUAUGCUAUUUUAUUAAUUUCUACUAGUGUAAUUGUCCUUAUAUUAAUCGACUUUAAAAUCUGGUCCAUCAAAAUAAAUAGUAAUUAUCAAUUUCCAUUCAGAAAAGUUAAACAUAAAAAUCAGUUGCAAUGUAUUGUAUUUUUAUUGAUUGCCUGUGCUUAUUGUUUGAAUUAUACCAGUCUAUGGCUCUGUAUUCUUCAUCAGUACACAACAUACAAAUAUAUCUCUCCUUAAAUUAGAGGCAAAAAUACAUUCCGGAUGUUCAAAAAGAUGCAUAUCAAGGUUAAAAAAACUCCAAAAAAGUGAGAGACCGGAUGCGUCCACGGGUAAAGUUUGAAGGGUUCAAUAGAUAGGUCAUUCCGAUAGACACUUUUAUUAAGAAAAAAAUACCGUUACAUUGUUUUUUUAUCAUUAAGGUCAUUUCCCGACAUGAGUGACAUGGAUACCUUUUUAAAUUGUUUAUCAUCCAGAUACUUUUAAUGAUGGGUUUCCGAUCUCCCUGUGAUUUGCUUUUUUCUUUAAAUGUCAUUUUUUCAUUCUAUAUUUUUGACAGCUUAUAUGUUUGUCAAUAAGUGACUUCCAUUAAGGAUACAUUAGAGUAUGAUUUUACUCACCUCGGGAAUUAAUUGAAUACUUGUAUUUUUAUUGAUCAUGAUUUGUAUUAGUAUAUAUGGUUUUCAUCCGAAAGGAUGCGGUAUGAUAUAUAUGUGUGUUUUAUUCUCUAUGUAAAUAAAAUUAACUAUAUUCUGCAAAAAUAGAAACGCAUAAUGGAUUGUAAGAAUUUUGAUACAUGUAUUUUGAAUGGAAAUUUUACAACAAGUAAUACAUAUAUUCAUUCAAAACGUGUUUGAUUGAGAAGAGGACAGCCAAUUCUUCGAGAUCGAUGAGUAAAAGUCAAUUUAUCACAAUUAUAGUAACUUCCGGUGACAUUACAGUUAGUACCGUGUAUGACUCCCUCUCGCUGGUAAGACUGCUACGCAUCUCCUCGGCACGGGUUCUAUCAAUGUUCUAAUGUUGUUGUCUGGAAUUGGUCGCCAUUUUUGUUGCAACAUUUGUCGGAGCUGAUAAAGGGCCUGAGGUGGGGGUUGACGCUGGCGGGUUUAUCCAGUUGGUCCCAUUGCUGCUCAAUAGGAUUCAAGUCCGGUGAUUUGGAAGUCCAAGGUAGCACAUUGAUGUUAUUCUGCUCAAAAUAGUCCAUUGUUAAACGCGCUGUGUGAGGCAUUGUCCUGCUGGAAUAACUCCCUCUGUCGGUCAAUAACAUGCAUAAGGUGAGGUUGGAGAAUUUACCUUUGAGUUUUUCAAUUACCUGGAAAAUGAUGAACCAAUUCCGUUUUACGGUCAUUAGAGAUAGCCGCCCACAUCAUGACACUUCCUCCACCGAAGCUGUCCACUACUUGGACACACGAAGAAGCAAAACGUUCAUUCAUGCGCCGGUAGACACGAGUUCUUCCAUCACUUUCUGAAGCAUAAAACGGGACUCAUCACUGAACCAGAUUCUGCAACGGUUGCGGAAUGUCCAGCCCCUAAAUCUGUUGUACAAUCGGACUCUAUUCCGUCUGUGUAACGGCCUCCUGGGUCUAAUGUCAUGCUGUCGCAGUCGAUUGCGGACUGUUUGUGAACUGAUUCUUCUCAAUCCAGGUAUCCCAACUGCAGUGGCUGUUGCGGCAACGGUUCGAUCCGUAGAUGAAAUACCCGGAUGUAGCGAUCUUGUCAAGAAGUCGUUAGGCGAGGUUGUCUACUACUCGGGCGGUCCUUAGUCUGCUGGUAUCUGUUCCAAAGUCGCGAAAUGUGCUCUGGUUAACAUUUUCAGUUAUUGCUACUUCACUUUAGGUUCCGGCCUGGAUACGGGCGAUAAGCAGGGUCCAACCUUGGCAUGGCAGCGUUUUAACGUUGUGAUGAAUUAAAUCUUCAAACUUUGUCCUUAUAUGCGCAAAAGAGUAACAGUUGAGUUGACCACAAAAUUCUUGUGAAAAACGUUAGCAAAAUUUCGCGGCGAAAAAGGUCAUAUGCACUUUUAGCGAGUCCAAAUCCAAAGAACGGGAAAUUUAAGUUUAAAACUUAGCUGUCAAAAUUCGAAGAUGCAAUUGACUGUUUCAUAUUACCUUGUAAAAUAUAUAUUUUGCAUUUUGAAAAUUUCAUCCGAGCUAUGCGUUUCUUUUUUUGAACAGUAUAUACAUUGUUUACUCUUGUAUGA